AUGGACUCCUUUCAAUCCACCUCGGUCGCAUCUCGGUCCGCAUCUUCUGAGCUCUCAUCUUUUGAGUUCUCGUCAGUUAAAUCCGAAUCUGAGGAUCCUCUUGCGCAACUGGCGGAGGAAGUGGAGCAGCAGCCAUUCACCACCAACCAGAGAUUACAAAAUUCCUUGGAAGGCCGUCAACGAGCGCUUCAACAAGACCGAACUCGCGAUCAGUACUUGGUCUUUACGUCUGUCCCCCCGGCGCAAUAUUCUAGACUAAGUGAUGAUGGGUUACGAACAAGCAAGUAUUGCCGAUUCUUUUUCAAUACAGAAACGGGAACCUUGAUUGCGAAAGUCAUGCCGCAUCCUGCACAUGAGCUUGUAAUAAGAUUAUUUGAUUCAUUGAUCUCUCUCGAGCUACGUAUGAUAAACGUGCAUCGUGACGUGAUGCCUUUCGGUUCGACUACUGUUACAAUUGGAAAUUGGAAAAAAGAGGCCGACUGCUGCUGGGCUCCGGCUUCGACAAAUCCAAGACUGAGUUUUGUGGUGGAAGUAGGAUUAUCAGAGUCUACGCGACAACUUGCUCUUGAUACACGCGGUUGGCUUGAGACUUACUCCUCUUCUGUGAAGCUUGUGGUUACGAUUAGUAUUAAUCGUGAAAAUCCGGAGAUUAUCUUACAGAGAUGGGAACUUAUUCCCCGAGGAUAUCGCGUUCUUACAAGGUCAUCCUAUCUUUCCGCCUCUCUUUCCGCGCGUCCUACUACAAUCCUCAAAUUAUCUCGAACGAAUAAUACGACAUUUAUUACCGGAGAGUCCUACCUAAAUGGUAUAACUACAACUACGACACAGCUGGAUCUACCGUUCGACAAGGUUGUUGGCCGUUCUCCUCGCCAGCCCCCGGAGAGAGACUUACUGAUACCCGAACAAGAGCUGAGAAAUUUUGCUGAGGAUAUCUGGAGGGUGCAGAGUCUCCUCUAA